AUGGAAGAAAAAAUUCAUCAAUUAAUUUCAUUUUGUCAAUCAACAGAUAUUGAUAUUAGGAAAAAUGCAGAAAUAGAGUUAGGACAGUUAGAGAUUCUAGAAGAAUAUCCCAUCUUUUUGGCUAAACUCGCUGCUUCUGCAACUACUGAAAUUCAUGUACGACAGGCAUCAUUAAUAAUACUUAAAAAAUAUGUAUUGGGCCAUUGGUCCUGUGUUUUUGAGGAAUUUCAUGGACCUAUUCCAAAUCAAUAUAUAAAAAAUAAAAUUAGAGUUAUAUUAUUGGAUCUCAUCUCAUCUAAUUCAAAUAUGAUUAGGAAUGCUGCGGCUCAUGUUGUUUCAAAAAUAGCUAGUAUUGAUUGGCCAGAUGAAUGGCCAGAGUUAUUUAAUAAUAUCGUAUCUAAGCUUUCUAAGAAUUCAGAAAACGAUAUGAAUGGGGGAUUAAAAGUUUUAAAAGAGUUAAUUGAUGAUGCGCUUACUAAUGAAUAUUUUUUUUCUAUUUCUCCGACUUUAAUAAAGCUUUUAUAUAAUAUAUGUUCAAAUGAUCAGUAUUCAACCAAAAUUAGAAUUCUGUCUUUAUCUGUUUUUAAGUCUUGCAUAGAUUCAUUGGAAAUGAUAAAAGAAACAAAUUCAGAAGUUAUUAGUGUACUUGUUACUGAAGCUUUUGAUUUAUGGAUAAAUUUGUUUAUUGAAAUCAUUUCUAGGAAUACUAUAACAACUUUGAAUUGUGAAUUUAUACAUUUUAAAUUAAACAUUAUUAAGGUUUUACAUAAAAUUAGACAAACAUUUUUAUCUCAAUUGACAAAACAUUUUCCAAAUAUUUUUCAAACUUUAUGGAUUGAAAUUGAGCAAUUAAAGAAAAUAUAUUCUGAAUAUUACAUCUUAGAUUCUCAUGAAUCUGACCAUGAAAAUGAUUCUGAUGGUGAUUCUAUAAGUUUGUCUGUAUUAUUAACAGAAGAAUUUUUGUUUAUUCAAAUUUCAUUAAGGAAUAAAAUAAUACAAAAAACUUUAGAUUUGGUUAAUUGUUCAAAAGAUUCAUUUUUAAGUAAAAUUAUUAAUACAUCUGUGUUUUAUUCACAAAUAUCAUUAUUACAGGAAAAAGAAUUUAUGGACGAUUCUAAUACCUUUAUCGAAGAUGAAUUAAAUGAAAAUUCCAGAUGUACUGUUCGUCAGGCUUCAGUAGAUUUUAUUGAGGAACUUUCAAAUUACAGUUUAAUUUCAACUAAAAAAAUUUUAAUGGAUGAAUUUGAAUUAAUAAUUUCUGGCUUAGAUUUUGAAUGGAGAUAUAAAGAAGCGAUAUUGUUUGUAAUUAGUAGAAUAUUAAAAAAAUUUGGUCUUUCAGAAAAGCGCAAUAUCGCUAAUGUUUCUAUAUCUUAUUAUAACAUGAAAAAUUCUUCAGAUCUUUUAAAGGCACGUGCUAUUCUUAUACUUGGACAGUUAACUGAUAUUCUGGAUAAUAAUGAAUUGUCAAGCUUGUUUUCGGAUUGCAUUCUUAUUGUAUUUUCUGAAUCUAUAGGAAUAAUUAAGUUGUCUGUAUUUAAAACAAUACAAAGAUUAUCUAUAUCACUUCCUUCAGAAUAUUUAAGACCUUUUCAACCUCAAAUGAUUAAAAUUAUAGAAUUUUAUAUUUUUCAGGUCAAUGGUGAAUCAUUAAUAUUAUUGUUAGAAGUUUUACUUUCUGUUAUUAAAAUUAAUCGAGAUAUUGCGUUAUGUUCAGAGUCAACAAUAAUUUCUUUACUAUUUAAGAUCGUUAUGUCUAAUUCAAAUGAUCCUUAUCUAAUUGGAAUUGUUCAAGAUAUAUUUGAAGAUUUAGCAGAAAAUGUUUUGGAUUUUUCAUUGUUUUGUGAAAUUGUUGUUUUUCCAUUGAAAGAGCUUUUGUUUUCUAAAGUAUCUAAUAUUUUAGAGACACAGUUAGUCGAGGUUGGUUUUGAUAUAUUAUAUUCUGUAAUAAAAGGAGGAACGGUAUCUUUAUCUAUAAAAUUUCUUGAGGAAAUUAUUCCUGGACUUAUAUAUGUUAUGAAAAAUUAUGAUAAUAAUGAAAUUUUACAGUCUGCUGAGGAAGUUUUAAGACAAAUUAUUCUUAAAGAUUAUAACAAACUCGUUAAUAUAAAAUACGAGACAGGAAUAUCUGUUUUUGAUGAAAUAAUGAAUAUUAUAGGAAUUUUAUUGGAAAAGUCUUCUUUAGAGUCUGCAAACUUUUUUAUUGGUUCUCUUAUAAUAGCUAUGAUGUAUAAUGCUGGAGAAAACUUUCAAAAUCACUUACCAUCUUUACUAGAAGCUAUUAUUAUUCGUCUUACUUAUUCUUCUUCCCCACGUUUCUAUCAAGAAAUGUUAUUGAUAUUUGCACAUUUACUUGUUAAUCAAGCAAAAGCAAUUGUUGAUUUUCUUUAUAAUAUAAAAGUAGGUGGAGUUUCGGGCUUAGAUAUUUUGUUAAAAUCAUGGUGUGAAAAUGUUGAUAUUAUAUGUGGUUAUAAAAAUAUUCGUUUAAAUUCUGUUGCGAUGGCAAACUUAUUUAUGCUUCAAGAUAUACGACUUUCUAAUAUUAUUGUAAAAGGAGAUUUGAUUAUUAACAGGUCAGAAGAGAUAAUAACACGAUCAAAAACUAAACUAAAUUCUGAAAAAUAUACUUUUAUUUCACUUCCAAUAAAAAUAAUAAAAAUAUUGUUAAAAGAACUUUCGACUUUUAUAAGCAUUAAUAAUAAAAAAUCAUCUGAAAUUUUUAAGUUUAGUUUGGUUAAUGCUGAGGAUGAUUGGGAAGAUUUAUCUACUCAAGAUAGUUACAAAAUUUCUACUGUAUUUGAUUAUAGUGAUGAUUCUAUGGAAGAUCCUUUAAAAGAUUUAGAUUUAGAGAAAUUUUUUAUUGGCUUUUUUAAGAAUGUUAUAUCCAAUAAUAUCAACAAUUUCAAAGCUAUAAUACCUUAUUUAACAUUAGAAGAACAUUCUAUUUUACGUAUAAUUAGUAAUCGUUAA